AUGGGUCUCCUCUCGUGGUUUAAAGGGAGCUCCAAACCCGAAUCAAAACCCGCUCCUAACACCAUGAAACCCGAAACCUCGCCACCCACCGAAAUCCCCGGGAUGAACGGCGCGGUCGAGGUAUCCCGGCCACCCCCGAAGAACGUCACAGUUUUCGAGUUCGGGUCUGUAUCUGCUACCGCGGAUAAGGUUACUCUUGCCGGAUUCUGCCCCGUAUCCGACGACCUCGAGCCUUGUCGUUGGGAAAUCUUGCCGGCGAGUGAUGCCGACGCCCCGCAGUUUCGCGUUGGUGGUUGCCACUGGAGUUGGAUUGGUAGUAGAGCGGAUAAAUCUCCUAAUGUUGAGGCUAUUGUCCUUCACUUUUUUUGA